AUGGAGGCUGAGCCGGACUCCCACUCGAAACCAGAAGAUGGCAUCAGCUGGUACAAGGCGAUGUUCCUGACCAUGAACGCUGGCCUCGGUGCGGGUCUCCUGAACUUCCCACGGGCGUUCCACGAUGCAGGCGGCCUCCUCUCAGGAAACAUGAUUCAUAUUGUAGUAACGGUUUUAGCUCUGAUUUCCCUCCUCAUAAUCGCCAGUUGUGCAGUUGAACGAAAGUGCAGCACAUACCAAGAGCUGAUCUUACACAUGUGCGGUCGUCGUUGGAAUGUUGUGGCUUCGGUGUGCAUCUUUGCGUAUUGCAUGGUCACUUGCAUUACGCUUCUGAUUAUCAUUGGGGACCAGUUUGAUAGAGCCUUCGCCUCCUUCGCCGGGAAUGACUUCUGUACAAUUUGGUUCAUGAACAGAAAAUUCACUCUCACAGCCUCGGCCAUUCUGCUCAUUUUCCCGUCAUGUUUGAAGAGGAUGGAUGCACUGAGGUUUCUGAGUUACGCCGGAGUCCUGACCAUAUUCUACGUAACAGUAAUAAUAACUGAAGAAUAUUACACUGGAGGGUAUGCGAGAGGGUCGCUGGAGAUCUAUGAGGCGGACUGGGUGCAGAUAUUUAACGUCCUGCCAACCAUCUGCUUCGGAUAUCAGUGCCACAUCAGCAGCGUGCCAAUUUACUCGUGUGUGAAGCAGAGCCAAGCCAAAUCAACGUGGAAGGCCUGCACAGUAGCCAUCGUCGUGUGCUUGUUAGUGUACACAUUCUCGGCGAACUACGGCUUCCUCACCUUCGGGUCGCUGGUCAACACGGACGUCCUUCUAUCCUACGAAGCUCGGCGUCCUCAGGUCCUUGUGGCUGUGGUGCUCCUGGCGGUUAAGUCGUGGACCACCUACCCGAUCUUACUCUUCUGUAUGAGUGGUUUCUAUAUGAGGUCUUUAAAUAUAGUGGUAUCUGUGGAGGCUGUAAACGACAUGUAUCUCCGCGUCCGAUCUCUCCCGGAAUCAGCCGCCGAGAAGGGGGAGCCGACGAGGAGAAAGCUGAUAGCGAUAGCGUUAUGGAGUCUCACCGUCCUGUUCGCUGUCUUCCUCCCUAACAUCGGGAUCGUCAUGAAAAUCCUCGGUUCUCUGGCUGCUUUGUUCAUCUUCGUCUUUCCUGGUAUGUGUCUCUUACAAGUCGCCGACGAUUUCGUGCCGAGUCGUAAAGUCGCUUCGGACAUCUGGAAAAAACGUGGGAUGGUGUUGGUCGGGUCACUAUACCUCGUGGUGGGAGCCUUUGCCUUCGGUCUUGCACUAUCUUUGGGCGUGGAGGGUCUCGUUAGUCCUGAAGUCCCUGUGUCGGCUUGUGGGUGGCAGGCUAGAAUCCGGUAUAGUGAGACGGUGGAGUACGACAUGUACUCAGGUAAAGCAUAUGUUGUAUGUGAUUAUUCAGAUGUUGAAUCCAAUAAAGGUGUCACACGACUGUUCAGACUCCUCUAUUAUCCAAUUAAAGGUGCUGAGGUUAUUACCUGUGAUGAGCUGUAA